UGUUUGAGUGAUCUCCGACUUGAGUGCCAUUUUUCGAAGUGACAAUUUGACCGGCUUGGCACAAAAAGUUGGAGACACCGCGAUCUCUGGUCGCGGUACAUUUUCAGACGAUUGGUUCUGCAAUAUCAGGCACCUUCACUUCGCUUGCAAUCCCUUGGACCUGACCUACUGAACCGACUCUACGAAGACCAGUCCACUUCGGUUCCGUGCGCCUUCGAACUCCGGUAAAGAAUCAGAACAUCCCACCCUAGAAUCCCAAAGGCCGCAGGCCGCGAACGAGGGCAAGAUGCAGGCGCCCGUAGUUGUCAUGAAUACGGCGAGUGGGGAGAGACAGGUCGGUCGGAAAGCACAAAUUUCCAAUAUCACCGCCGCAAAGACGGUUGCGGAUAUAAUAAGAUCAUGUCUAGGUCCCAAAGCGAUGUUGAAGAUGCUCUUGGACCCCAUGGGAGGCAUCGUCCUGACCAACGACGGCCACGCCAUCCUACGAGAGAUCGAAGUUGCACAUCCGGCAGCCAAGAGCAUGAUUGAGUUGAGUAGAACACAAGAUGAAGAGGUCGGGGACGGCACGACGACAGUGAUAAUAUUAGCCGGUGAAAUGCUUGCACAAGCCCUACCUCAACUCGAGCGAAACAUUCACCCUGUAGUCAUUAUUCAAGCCUUCAAGAAAGCGCUCGCAGACGCUCUGGCGAUUGUGGAGGAAAUCUCGAUGCCAGUCGACGUUUCCAACGACAAAGCCAUGAUCUCCCUCAUCGAAUCCUCCAUCGGCACCAAAACCAUCUCCACACAUUCUGAACUGAUGUGUUCCCUAGCCCUGAAAGCGGUCCGGACGGUAUCACUAGAACAGUCCUUCUUUUCCAAUCCUCAAACAAACGGUGUUGCCAAGAGCGUCUCACCUAACGCCCCAAAAGCUCAAGAAGUCGAUAUCAAACGUUACGCACGUAUCGAGAAGAUCCCCGGCGGAGAAAUUGAAGAUUCAUGCGUGCUGGACGGUGUCAUGCUGAACAAGGACAUCACACACGCCUCGAUGCGCAGACGGAUAGAAAACCCCAGAAUUGUUCUCCUGGAUUGCACUCUGGAAUACAAGAAGGGCGAGUCCCAGACCAAUGUGGAGAUCACAGACGAGGAAUCGUGGAAUAAAAUCCUCCAGAUCGAAGAAGAGCAGGUCAAGAAGAUGUGCGACGCUAUAUUGGCCGUCAAGCCCACCCUGGUCAUCACCGAGAAGGGAGUCUCGGAUCUCGCACAGCACUACUUUGUCAAGGCCGGCGUCACGGCGCUACGGCGGGUACGCAAGUCCGACAACAACCGCAUCGCCCGAGCGACAGGCGCAACGAUUGUGAACCGGGUUGACGAUCUCCAAGAAGCGGACGUCGGCACGGGAUGCGGUCUCUUUGAAAUCGAGAAGAUUGGCGACGAAUACUUCACUUUCCUGACCAAGUGCAAGAAUCCCAAGGCUUGCACGAUUCUUCUUAGAGGCCCGUCAAAGGACAUCCUUAACGAGAUUGACCGAAACUUGCAGGACGCCAUGUCGGUCGCUCGUAACGUCAUAUUCCACCCUCGCUUGGCUCCUGGUGGCGGCGCCACGGAGAUGGCUGUUUCGGUGAGGCUCGCGCAGAAGUCCAAAUCGGUCGAGGGCGUGAUGCAGUGGCCUUACCGCGCCGUCGCGGAGGCGAUGGAAGUCAUUCCGAGAACGCUGAUCCAGAAUGCCGGCGCCAGCCCCAUCCGCAUAUUGACAAAUUUGCGCGCAAAGCAUGCCGAAGGAAAAUCGACGUUCGGUAUUGAUGGUGACACGGGUAAUGUGGUCGACAUGAAAGAGUAUGGCGUCUGGGAGCCGCAGGCGGUCAAGACGCAGAGUAUCAAGACGGCUGUGGAGAGCGCGUGCUUGUUACUACGUGUCGACGAUAUCUGCGGUGCGAAGAGCGCGAAGCAAGUUGGUGGCAGUGGUUUGACUGGUGGUGGUGGUGGAGAAGAGUGAUGGUGAUAGAUACCCUUACAUUAUGCUUCAAAAUGCCACGCAUCUGUGUCUGUCAGAAUGUCACGACAUGGGUCAUCAUGUAGAACAAACAAAAGCGCCACAAUGCAUAUUG